GGUGAUCAAGCUGUGGGAAAGACCAGUAUUUACAUGCGAAUGCAGAAUUAUGAGAUGCCAACAGAGUAUACACCAACUGUUUUUGACAAUUUUAGUGACACCUAUAAAUACAUAGAUAGAAACACAAUUAAUCUGCACUAUUGGGAUACUGCUAUUCAUGAAGGUAAAUUCAGGAUUUUUAGAAUUUUCCCUGGUGUAGAGUUAUUUCUUUUGAGUUUCAGUUGUGGAUCUGAUUCUAGUAUGGAAAGUUUGAUAUCAAAGUGGUUUCCUGAAUGUAUUAAAUAUUGCCCAAAUAUUAUUCUGGUUUGCACCAAAACUGAUUUGAGAAAUGAAAAAACCUUUUGUAAGAGAUUAACUGAGAAAUUUCAAAGAAAGCCAAUUGGAUUCGAACAAGGAGAGCUACUUGCAAGAAAAAUGGGAUGUAUUACCUAUUUGGAAACCAGCUCUUUUAACAAUGAAGGUAUCAAAGAUUUGACUGAAAUUAUUGCCAAAUCUAUUGUGAUAGCUUCAAAUUCAACUCUGAAACAAAAGAAAUGCAUGCUGCAAUAG